AGUGCAUCCCCAAAAGAACAUCAGAUUUUGUAAGCAUUCACAUAGACUUGUCCCUUUCUUCCGUCUCCCGCCGCCUUCGAUGACCUUCGCCGGGGCUUCACGCCGCCGGCGAGCAUCUGGUUCCCAUCCCCCUCUCCCUCUCAUAGCCAUCGUCCUCCUGCUAGUCUUCCCACCUCCUUCCCGCACUUACGCGCUCCGCGUCCCACUGCGCGAGGUCGCCUCCCUCCUCUCCCUCUCCCACUCCCUCCUCACCCGCAUCGCGGUCACCCGCGCCGACCGGGGGGACGCCGCUGCCGCUGCCCGCGCUCGCCGAAUCGCCUCACACAUAUCCAUUCUAUCCUCCCGCGGUGCGUGGGCUCUUGGCUGGGACUACCUCCGCCACUAUGCUUUCUCCUCCGUCACCGGAUGCGGCUUCUCCUGUGCCACUGCCGCCGCCCGCCUCCUCGCCGCUGCGGCGGAGGCCUCGCGCCUAAAGUCACCCGUCGAUGCGGCCCAGUGGCUGCGCCGUAAUUACGGUGACCUCCUAGCCGCCGCUACGCAGCUCCUAAACGGACUCCUCUCCGCCUUCUCCGAGCAGGGGCCGCUAAGGGAGGUGGUGUUGGAUGUGAAGUGGGAAGUGGAGGAAGGGGGGUUGCUGAAGGAUUGCCUUCAGGUGGGAGCCAAAGACUUGGAGGGCUUGCUUAUCAUUGCCAAAGAUCUCUUUGGUGCUUCAAGGGCUUCUUCACGCCACAGUGAACUCUGAGGUGAGUCCUGACCAAGAAACUACAGCUGCUCCAUUCUGUCGUCCACUGAUGUAGAAUGCUUCAGAUCUUCACCUGCACAAUUAAAGCUGCUCAUGUUUGGCGACUCUGCAUACAGCGCAUCAUGUUAAGCUAUCUCAUCUCUUCGGGGAAAAGGUUAAGCUACCUAUCUUGUCCAGUAGUUCCUGAACAGAAAAAUUAACCCUGCUGUUUAAUGACAUUGCAGUUUUAUCUGUGAUUGUAAUAGAAGUGGGUCCCUUGUGUCCGUUCUGUUGACUUUGGAGUACUGAUUUUGCUAAGUGGUAACUUUUAGAUGGUUGCAA